CAAGAGUCCAUCUACUUCGUGUACUCUACACAACACACACAACAUGUCGUCCGCAGCCCAACUAAGGGCGGCGUCGCACCCGGCCAUCCAGAGCCAGGAGAUUGACUGGAUCUGCCUGGAAACCCCUAUCAGAUGGUACAUGCGCAUCUAUGGUCUCCCGUUCUUGUCCCUCUACCCCCUCCUCUACCGCGCCUACUACUACAAGUAUGACGAGUGGAUCGUGUCCGAGGAGUGGACGUUCAUCUACUGUGUCCUCCUGUUCGGCGGCCACGCGCUCAGCUUCCUCGCCACGCGCUGGAGCAACGCUGUGCGCGCGUUCGUCUGCUACAAGACCGAGUACUCGCUCAAGACGGCUUCGCACGUCCGCGUCGUCCCCAAGAAGCAGCGCGGCAAGGGCGAGAUGGUCCCCCUCGACUCGAAGCAGACGCCCAACAGCGACGAGCCCACCUACUCGUUCAUCUACCAGCGCGACACUUACGUCUACUCGCCCGACACCAAGACCUUCACGCUCAUUCCCUACCCCUGUGACGCGAACCCGCCCCUCAGCGUGUUCCAGGACGCCCGCGGCGUGCUCACCCACACGCCGACGACCAAGGCCGCCGCGACCGCCCUCAAGAGCCUCCCCAACCUCGAGACCCUCAAGGCGACCUACGGCCCCAACGAGUGCCACAUCCCCAUCCCCAGCUUUGUCGAGCUCUUCGCCGAGCACUCGGUCGCGCCGUUCUUCGUCUUCCAGAUGUUCUGCGUCGCCCUCUGGAUGCUCGACGAGUACUGGUACUACUCGCUCUUUACCGCCUUCAUGCUCGUCGUUUUCGAGUGCACCGUCGUCUUCCAGCGCGUUCGCACGCUUACCGAGUUCCGCACGAUGAGCAUCACCCCUUACCCCGUUCAGGCUCUCCGCGACGGCAAGUGGACAGAGGUCAUCUCGUCAGAGCUCGUUCCUGGCGACGUCAUCUCGGUUCUCCGCACCAAGCCGGACUCGGGCAUCCCCUGUGACCUGCUCCUCCUCCGUGGCACUGCCAUCGUCAACGAGGCCAUGCUUUCCGGCGAGUCGACCCCUCUUCUCAAGGAGAGCAUCGAGCUCCGCGAAGGCACCGACCGUCUCGACAUCAACGGCGCUGACCGCAACUCGGUUCUCUUCUCUGGCACCAAGGCUCUCCAGGUCCAGAAGGCCGAGCCCGGAGGUAUCACCACUCCCGAUGAGGGCUGCCUUGCUGUUGUUCUCCGCACUGGCUUCGGCACGACCCAGGGCCAGCUCGUCCGCACCAUGAUCUUUUCGCAGGAGCGCGUCUCGGCCAACAACUUUGAGUCGUUCCUCUUCAUUCUCUUCCUCCUUAUCUUCGCCAUUGCCGCCUCGGCCUACGUCUGGAUCAAGGGGCUCGAGCGCGGCAUGGCCAAGGGCAAGCUCCUCCUCGACUGUGUUCUCAUCAUCACCUCGGUCGUUCCUCCCGAGCUCCCCAUGGAGCUCUCGCUCGCCGUCAACGCCUCGCUUGUCGCCCUCCAGAAGUACGCCAUCUUCUGCACUGAGCCCUUCCGCAUUCCCUUUGCUGGACGUGUCGACGUCUGCUGCUUUGACAAGACGGGCACCAUCACUGGCGAGGACCUUGUUGUCGAGGGUGUCUGCGGUGUCGACGCUGCCGACCCCAAGCACCUCGCUCCCGUUACCGAGACCAGCAAGGAGACCACCCUCACGCUCGCUGCCGCCCACGCCCUUGUCCAGCUCGACGACGGCACCAUUGUCGGCGACCCCAUGGAGAAGACCACUCUCACUGCCCUCGACUGGAAGCUGUCCAAGGGAGACAACGUCUCGCCCAACAGCAAGGACGCUCCUUACAAGUACCAAAUCAACAUUCGCCGCCGUUACCAGUUCUCGUCGGCUCUCAAGCGCAUGUCGACCAUCUCGGCUGUCACCGACGCCAGUGGCCGCAAGUGGGUUGCCGCCGUCAAGGGUGCCCCCGAGACCCUCAGGAAGAUGUACACCAAGGUCCCCGACUUCUACGACGACACCUACCGCUACUACACUCGCCGUGGCUCGCGUGUCCUUGCCCUUGGUUACAAGACCAUGACUGUCGACGCCAACAAGAUUAACAACAUUCACCGUGACGAGGUCGAGUCUAACCUCGAGUUUGCUGGCUUCCUCGUCUUCCACUGCCCCCUCAAGCCCGACGCUGUCGAGACCCUCAAGAUGCUUGCCGACUCUUCGCACCGUCUCAUCAUGAUCACUGGUGACAACCCGCUCACCGCUGCCCACGUUGCCCGCGACGUUGAGAUUGUCGACCGCGAUGUCAUGAUCCUCGACCUCAAGGAGGGCUCCACCGACGCUCUUGUCUGGCGCAACGUUGAUGAGACCAAGAUUGUCGACGUCAACCCCGACCUCCCCAUUGACGCCGACAUUCUCAACAACUACGACAUCUGCAUCACUGGCGCCGCCGUCAAGGAGUUUGAGGCUCGCCCAACCUGGAAGGACCUCGUUACCCACACCUGGGUCUACGCCCGUGUCUCGCCUUCGCAGAAGGAGUACAUUGUCACGACUCUCCGUGAGCUCGGCUACACCACCCUCAUGGCCGGUGAUGGUACCAACGACGUCGGCGCGCUCAAGCAGGCCCACAUUGGUGUUGCCCUUCUCGACGGUUCCGAGGACGACCUCAAGCAGAUUGCCGAGCACCAGCGCCUCGACCGCAUCAAGAAGGUUUACGAGCAGCAGUGCAAGAUCUCGGCCCGCUUCAACCAGCCCCCUCCUCCUGUUCCUCCUCAGCUUCGCGAGGCCUUCCCUGAGCUUGUCAAGACCCAGGAGGAGGUCGCUGCCAGCCACCAGAACGCCCGCAAGCGCAACCCCAUGGAGAAGUUUGACCUCGCGACCAUCACCACCAAGCUCGCCGACAUGGACGAGGGCCAGGAGGUUCCUCAGAUCAAGCUCGGUGACGCUUCGUGCGCCGCUCCCUUCACUUCCAAGCUGUCCAACGUUGCCGCCAUCUCCAACAUUAUCCGUCAGGGUCGCUGCACGCUCGUUGCCACGAUCCAGAUGUACAAGAUUCUGGCCCUCAACUGUCUUAUCACUGCCUACUCGCUCUCGGUUCAGUACCUCGACGGCAUCAAGUUUGGCGACUACCAGGUUACCAUCACCGGCAUGCUCAUGAGCGUCUGUUUCCUCUGCAUCUCGCGUGCCAAGCCCGUCGACAAGCUUUCGCGCGAGCGUCCCCUCGGCAACAUCUUCAACCUCUACGUCCUCCUGUCGGUCCUCCUGCAGUUUGCCGUCCACAUUGUUGCCCUCGUGUACAUUACCCGCCUCUCGCAGGGGCUUGAGGACCGCGGUGUCAUUGACCUCGAGAAGAAGUUUGAGCCUACUCUGCUCAACACUGCCAUCUACCUCCUUGGUCUCUCGCAGCAGGUGUCGACCUUCGUCCUCAACUUCCAGGGUCGUCCCUUCCGUGAGGGCAUCAGCGAGAACCGCCCUCUGUACUACGGUCUCCUUGGUGCCUCGGCUGUUGCCUACUCUGGCGCUACCGACCUGUUCCCCGAGCUCAACAAGUGGCUCCAGCUUGUCGACAUGAGCUUCAACUUCCGUGUCAAGCUCACGCUGGCCAUGAUUAUCGACUUUGGCGGCUGCUACAUCAUUGAGGUUGGCUGCAAGUACCUGUUUGCCGACCUCGAGCCGGCUGAGCUUGUCACCCGUGGCCGCGAGCGUCGUGAGAAGCGCCGCGCGCUCGAGGAGGCCGAGAAGGCCAAGCAGCCUCUGCCCGAGCUUGACGCGGUUGUCAAGAAGGACCAGUAGAGGGGGGAGAAGUGUGGGAGGUGGAGAGGGUGAGCGUGGAGGCUCAGCGCUCCGCCUCGUGUAGAGUGGCCUCGGCCACACCCUUGCAUCGUCGAGCCAGCGCGCGCGCGACUGGCUAAUCGUAGACUAGCAUGAAACAUUUGACAUUUUAAUGCGCGGGUGAUGCAUGUUUUGUUUCGGAUG